CCUCUCUUCACGUCGGCCCAUAGACAAAAAAUGAUAACAAACAUGGCGUCCCCAUGAAGCGUCAUUAGAUUGAAUUUGUUUAGUUUUUUUGUCGAUAAAACGAUAGCCGCGCCUCUGGAUUAUGUGGUUACAGACAGGACGGAAUCUCGAUGUCAUCGUGCGGGCGAGGCGGAGCGUGGCUGCGGGCUGCGGGCUGCGGUAGAGCGCGAUGCACGCGGCGGCGGCGCGCUACGUGUCGGUGAGCGAGCUGUACUCGACGGACGAGGUGGAGCUGCUGCUGGACGAGAUUCGCGACCUGGAGCCCACUAGCUGCCGCGGCGAGGACAUACAGUCGGCGGUAGACGCGGGUGCGGUGGCGGGUGCGGGUGCGGGGUCGGGGUCGGGUACAAGCGCGGGUUUGGUGCAGGACUUCGAGAUCGCGGGCAGCGGGCUGGGCGCGACGGCGGGCUCGGGCGCGCGCUCGCCGGGCUCGGGCUCGGGCUCGGGCGCGGGCACGGAGCGCUCGUGGGACUCGCACGCGCACUACCGCCGAGCGCCGCCGCCGCCGCCGCGCCCGCUCGCGCCCGUCUACUGCCGCUGCCGCCAUCUGCUCACCAAGCAGGGCGCGGCCAUGCUCUUCAUUACGCUGUGUUCGCUGGGUUGCGCCAGCUGCGUGUGGGCCGGCGCGGGGCUGCAGGUGUGGGCGCUGCCGGGCGCGGGCCGCGUGCGGCUGCUGCAGCUGGGCGCCGUCACCAGCACCCUGCUGCACCUGGCGCUGCUCCUGCUGCGCAUCACCAGCCUCGACGCGCUGCUGCCGCUGCGCUGGGACAAGCUGGGCCUAGCAGUGCACGCGUGGAGCGGCAGCACCCUCCUAGCCGGCGGCGCGGGCUCCCUGCAUGCGUUACUGCAGCCCGAGUACCGGCUCGCGCCCACGUCUCUCAUGGCGCUGUUAUACACUGCCUCGGGGUUGGGGCUGAGCGCGGCGUGCCUGUGCUUGACGCUGGUGGGGCUGGCGGUGCGCUUGUGCGCUCGGGAGGCGGGGGCCGGGCGGGCGGGCUCGUCGCGCUCGGCGCGCGCCGCCUACCGCGCCGUGCCCGCCGCGCCCGCCGCGCCCCAGCCGCCCCAGCCGCCCCAGCACCAGCCCGUGCCCUCCACCAGCCGCCAGAACCCCUUAUAGUGAAGGCCCCGAGAGUCCGUUAGUGUAGGAGGUGAACGGUUCGACCGGUCGGUUUGCACAAAUUCUCCUAGUCCUUAGCUCGCCCGGCGGCCGUGGUGGGGCGCCGCGCGGGUCGGCCGUGUUCGCUUGUAAUCGGGUAUAUUUAUCGUUCGGGGCGGCUCGCCCUAGGUUUAAGGGAAGAUAUAUACUAAGAUUGUUAUAGGAAAUAAUUUUAUACUGUCCGAUCUCAUGUGACUGCCGUUUCGUUUGCCGUAUGUAUCGACAUAUCACAUUUGGUUCCGCGCCCGGCUCCCGCCCGGUGCGCUCCGGUUCUACUUACGAUCUCAUAAACGGACUAUGUGCGAGUGAUUUUUACUUUUCAAUUUUAAUUAUAAUAUAUGGUUUUUAUACAA